GAUCUUCAAUAAAAAUACUAUUGAUCUCUAUUUCUAAGUCGACGACUCAGAAAGUUGGUAAACAGAAUCCCGAGGGUUGACAGUAGGACGACAGAGGCCAAAAUGUCGGGAAAGGACAAAAUCAACAUUUUCCCCUCUAGGGGGGCCCUAACGACAAUGAAGGCACGACUAGCUGGAGCGCAGAAAGGGCAUUCUCUACUUAAGAAAAAAGCUGAGGCUUUGCAAAUGCGGUUCCGUCAGAUCCUGUCUAAAAUUAUUGAGACAAAAACAUUAAUGGGUGAUGUUAUGAAAGAUGCUGCUUUUUCAUUGGCUGAAGCCAAAUUUGCAUCUGGAGACUUUAAUCAGAGUGUCAUUCAGAAUGUUACUAAAGCUCGCAUCAAGUUGAGGAGCAAGAUGGGACAAUGUUGCUGUACAAACCUCCCUGUAUUUGAGUCUGUCGAAGAUGGUGUUGACACCUAUGAAUUGACUGGUUUAUCACGAGGUGGCCAACAGAUGGCCAAACUGAAGACUAAUUACAAGCGAGCCAUUGAACUUUUGAUUGAAUUGGCUUCACUUCAGGCCUCCUUUGUAACCCUUGACAAUGUUGUUAAGAUAACAAAUCGUCGAGUCAAUGCCAUUGAACAUGUUAUUAUUCCAAGGUAUGAGCGCACUCUCCAGUACAUUUUGUCAGAACUUGAUGAGUUGGAACGUGAGGAAUUUUACCGUUUGAAGAAGAUCCAAGAAAAGAAGAAGCAAGCCAGAGCUAAAGCUGAAAAAGCAAAGCAAGCUUUAAAAGAGGCGGGAAAACUUAAAGAAGAAGCAGAUGCACGAAAUAUGAUAACUGAUAGUCAUGACGAGGACCUCCUCUUUUAAGCCCUUUGAAAUCAGAUUUAUUUUGAAUUGUGUAAAUUUAAAUCCCCCUUUUUUUGUGAUAGCUACCAAGUAUUUAACUUUUGGUUGAAAGGGUGCUAAAUGAAUGAUGUUUUCAUAUUUAGUACUUGCACCAGUGAAGGUUUACCAUGGCAUAGGAAGUUCUAUUAAUAUACAUAUGUGCACAACAUCCGAAACAAAUUUUUUUUCAGUAGAUAUGUAAUGCAUUGUUUAAUUUUAGGCAUAUUAGCUUGGUUAUGCAACAUUCCUUGUGUUACCUUAAAAGUUUUUUCCCAUAAGUAUUUAGUAUUUAUGAUCAGAGUCGGUACACUGCAGUGUUUGUCAAGUUUAUGUGCUUAUCAAGUACCGAGAACCUUUUGGAAAAUUCCUAUUUGUGUAUACAUGUGAGUGUCUUUUUGUAUGGUAAUCUUUAUUAUACUGUAUAGUACUAGAGAAAUGUAUUGUUUAUAUGAAAAUCUGAAAGGAGCAUGUUUUUUUGUUUAUAAUAUUGUAUAUAAUGUAUUAUGUUACAUGGAAAUAAAGUGUAAUAUAUAUAUAA